GGGGUGGCGCUUGGGUUCAAAUCUUGCCUGCAAGGCGGACGGACGCCUUUUCGGGCUGCGGAGACGAGAGCGAGGCUUUUUCUCCCGCGUUGGGAAGGUUCCUCAAGACCGAGGCAGAUUACAAAGUUCACCAGCGGAAUUCGAAAGGAGAUUUAAAGGUGUCGGUUGUAGCAGUCACACCCCUGGAGAGCACGUGGUGGUGGAUUUCUAGAUCUCAGAAACUUUGGGGAACAGGAGAUGGCCAAUCCUUUGAAACAAGUUUUUAACAAGGAUCGGACCUUCCGGCCUAAACGGAAAUUUGAACCCGGGACACAGCGCUUUGAGCUUCACAAAAAGGCCCAGGCAUCCCUUAAUGCUGGGCUGGAUUUAAAGCUGGCUGUGCAGCUCCCUCAUGAUGAGGAGCUGAACGAUUGGGUAGCUGUUCAUGUGGUGGACUUUUUCAACCGCAUCAACCUCAUUUAUGGGACAAUCAGUGAUUAUUGUUCAGAAAAAUCCUGCCCGGUCAUGUCCGGCGGCCCAAAGUACGAGUAUCGGUGGCAGGAUGAGAAAUACCGCAAGCCCACUGCUCUUUCUGCGCCUAAAUACAUGAACCUUCUCAUGGAUUGGAUUGAAGUGCAGAUCAACAACGAGGAUCUCUUCCCUACAAACGUUGGUACUCCAUUUCCUAAGAACUUCCUCCAGGUUGUGAAAAAGAUCCUCUCCCGUCUCUUCCGCGUCUUUGUCCAUGUCUACAUCCACCACUUUGAUCGUAUCGCCCAAAUGGGCUCGGAAGCCCACGUGAAUACAUGCUACAAGCACUUCUACUAUUUUGUAAAAGAGUUCAAUCUCAUAGACAACAAGGAAUUGGAGCCUCUGAAGGACAUGACUUCGCGGAUGUGCCACUGACAUCUUGGGAAUUUGUCUGCCGUCUUUCAAGCCAAUGCCGUCCAGAUUGGAGACAUUCCUGCCCAACAGACGAGAUCUUAUGAUCUGGAGGGACUUCCAUUUUUAUACAUCUUUUUAUUUUUAUUUUUUUUAAAAAAUGAGCUUUCAGGAGCUCUUGUAAUGAAUUCUUUUGUAAAAUCACUCUGAUUGUCGGGAUGAUGUUUGUUUAAGAAAGGAAAGGACCACCAUUAAGUGUUAAGGCUUCCUUUAAGUCUCCAUGUCUUUCUUCUCGCAUCACAUGGAUGGGGGGGUGGGGGUGGGAGGCUGAUUUGGAAAUGUUAUUUUGAGGUUUCCCACCAAAAUCACCUGGGCUUCAGAAAGACAACACCUAUUGCAUCAAGGGAGCCAAUUUAAAUGAGUAAACCACUGACACACCUGUAAGUAGUUUAGGAGUCUGCUUAGGCCAUUACGUGGAAUCACCUGUGUUGCAAAAAAUAAUAAUAAUAAAAUUUUAGCACUUCUUUCA